GGGGCAAUAAGGAAGGAGAGGGGGUGUUUCCCUGCAGGCGGGAGAGAUGUGUGUGUGUGAACUAAUCUCCCUCACAUACACACACACACCCUCGGUUUCUCCCAGUCAGUCAGUUGCACUCACACGCUCGCUGAGGUCGGCAGCACAAAGCAGCGCUGCUCUCCUGUCACCAGCUCACACUCACACACACCUCGCCUCACCGAGAGGAGCUCAGACAACACACACACCUUCACUGGAGGAACGGAAGACAACACACACACACACACCUUCACUGGAGGAGGAACUGAAGCAGGAAGAAAAAGAAGAAAAGAAAAAAAAACCUCUGGAGUCGAUCCAGAGACGUUUAAACCCGGAUCAGGCGCUGCAACACAACACCGCCUGUAACCCCAUCAUCCUCCUCCAUCCUCACAUCCACCCGACGCUCCGUUCCUCUCUCCCUUCAUCCAUCAGUCUCUGGGGUCAACCGCUCAGGUUGUGAAAUUGAGGCGCGUCCCCCUGAGGCCCCCUGCUGACUGACAGCAAGCACUGCGUGGGAGCUCAAUGAGUGUGUGCUGCUAACCGGCGCUCCACCUGAGUGUGUGUGUGUGUGUGUGUGUGUGUGUGUGUGUGUGUGUGUGUGUGUGUGUGUGUGUGUGUGUGUGGCACCAUGCUGUGGACGGUGCUGCUGGCGCUGCUGGUGCUUCUCCUGCUGCAGACUCAGCUCUCUGUUUGCUUACGGGAUCUGCGCAGCGGGGCGUCCGUUUCGCCUCUUCACUCUCCUCCUCCAUCCUCUUCCUCCACCUCCUCAGCAUCAUCAUCAUCCUCCUCCUCUUACAACGCCACCCAGCAGCGGCUGCCCGGAGCUGUUAUCAUUGGCGUGCGGAAAGGCGGCACCAGAGCCCUGCUGGAGAUGCUCAACCUGCACCCAGACGUGGAGGUGGCGAAGGCCGAGGUCCACUACUUCAACGUGGAGGAACACUUCCGCCGGGGUCUGGCCUGGUACCGAGCCCAGAUGCCCUUCACCCUGCCGGGCCAGCUGACGGUGGAGAAGACCCCCGGCUACUUCGCAGCCCCCCAGGUUCCAGUUCGGGUGUGGGACAUGAACCCGGCCGUCCGGCUGCUGCUCAUCGUCAGGGACCCGGCGGAGAGGCUGGUCUCCGACUACACCCAGGUCCUCCACAACCGCCUGACGCAGCACAAGCCCUACCAGCCGCUGGACGAGCUGCUGCUCCACGAGGGCCACAUCAACCACGGCUACAAGGCGCUGCAGAGGAGCCUGUACCAUCUGCACCUGGCCCGCUGGCUGGAGGUCUUCCCCCGGGAGCAGAUCCACGUGGUGGACGGCGAUGCGCUCAUUCGGGACCCGUUCCCGGAGCUGAGGAAGGCGGAACGGUUCCUGGACCUUCCACCCAGGAUAAACCCCAGCAACUUUUACUUCAACACCACCAAAGGCUUCUACUGCCUCCUGUCCGCCGGACACGACAAGUGCCUGGACGAGUCUAAAGGCCGACCGCACGCUCCGCUGAGCGCGCAGGCCUUGAAGAAGCUCUGCCGGUACUUCAGGAAGCCCAACAAACGUUUCUUUGAGAUGGUGGGAAGGUCGUUCUCCUGGUGCUGAUGAAACUGUCAGGGACAGAAAACUGUUUCUGAUGGCAGAUGAUGUUUUUCUAAAUACCUUCUCAGGUAUAAAUGUGCUGCAUUCAUGUGGAAGUGACUGAAAAUCUGGUGGAUAAAACCCGAACCAAGCCGGUGCCUCUUCAGAAACAACAAAGCUACAACAACUGUGCCAUUAAAAAGCUGGGAUCAACCUGUUGGCUCGGUUCUGGAGCUGAGCAGACGGCUGCCAUGUCUGAUUGUUGCACUAAUGACCAAAUUGCAUUAAAAGUCAAUCAGUGUAAAUAUUCUCGGUUCAGAAGAUCUCGCUCUCAUUUCUGGACGGCUGUACAGAAAUGUUUGCUUUGUGAAACGUUUCGUUUCUCAUCAGCUGCUUUUGUUUUCGUUCUGUUAGAAAAUCUUAGUAAAGACAGGAAGUGUCUUGUAAACGUUUUCUUACCUUUUCAACUUUCUCACAUUUCGUCAUGUUACGACCAAAAACUUGAAUCCAUUUUAUGUGCUACAGAAGUCAAAACAUCAUUUUGAAGUGGAAUAAAAUUAUUUCUAAAGAAUAUUACUGCAAAUUUUACAAAGCGCAGCAUGAAUUCCUAUUAACUGUCUUUUAUUUCAAUACACAUAAAUAAAAUAAAUGCAAACUUUCCCAUUCAGAAGUCGCCUCAAAUCCAUGUGUGAGUAAUUUAGCAUCAGAAUAAAUCUAAUAAGAAAAAACUAAAAAUAAAGAAAAUCGAUCACGAUGGAACAAGAAGGUGAAAAACCAAAACAACUCAGGAUCCUGACAUUAGUUCUCCUGGUCCUCCUGGACCGAUUCACUGAACGAGGAACUUAACCAGAAACCAUGAAGCACAUUGUAACUGGAGGAGCUGCAGAAAUGCACAGCUCAGGUGGGAGAACCUGACAAUAUGGCAGCUGUUAGGCCUGAACUCUAAAAAUCACAACAAAGAAAACUCAAUGUUUGGUACAAAACCUACAGGAAACAUACAGAAAAAUGUUCUUUAAUCAGAUGAGACCAAAACUAAACCUGCAGGUUUCCAUGCAAAACAGCAGAAAACUAAAAGUUCCCAUCCGACACCAACAGCAGCUGCUGCACAGUUUGAAAUGAAUCCCUUAAUGGAAACAACAUUAUAAAAAACUCAGGAUUUUCAAUGAAACCUUUUUGUGCUAGAAUGAGGCGGUUUUGCAAAUCUGCAAUGGAAACACUUUUCUCACAUCACACAAGCCACGCGGCCAAAAAGACAAAGACGACGACAGGAAGCAGCAGGACGAUGAUAUCGACGCACCUUGUUUCUUAUUAGAAAAAAUCUCAGCAUCUCAUCGUUCAGAAAGCGUUGUGUCAUGCAAAGUGCUGAAUAUCGCAUCUAUACAGAGCCACGUACUUCAAAUUAAUUUCAAUAAAAAUGUGAAAACUAUGAAUUCUUUUCCUCCACUGCAGAAGCGUGCUCCUUGGUGUUGGUCUUUCUCUGACAUCCCAAUGAAACGCAUUGAAGUUUAUAGUCACAACAUGACAAAAUGUGAUGAAGGGUACCGAUACUUUAGCACUGCAUUGUGUGUAUAUAUUGUAUUUCUAGCCCUUUUUUAAUGACACAUUUUCAUUUACUUUACAAGUGAAGCCCAACAUGGUGUUAUUGUUAAUAUCUGUAGUUUUUUUCCUAACGUCCUAAUAAAUGCAUUCAGACUUUA